GAAAGACUGGGACAGCGGUCACUCCCAAGCCAGCAGCUGAACAGUUGCAUGAGCCUGAGAAGGAGAAGCUGAUGAAAUAACUGUGAACAGACUAUGUUCCAGAAGUCUUACUUCCUGCUCUCACUUCUCCAAGCUGGACUGGCACAAGAAUGGAAAGCCAAUACUCCAGGUGAGGUGGUGGCACAGGAAGGUUCCUGUGCACAGAUUCCAUGCCGCUACAGUUACCCUUCACAUCUGGCAAACCAAUCGCGAGUCGGAAUUUGGUUUAAUAAUGAGGAUCAGAGAACACUGCCAACUGUUUUUCACUCCAAGGAUCACAGUCGUGAGUUGGCACGGUUCCGCCAUCGGACCCAGCUGUCUGGUGACUUGAAAGACGGAGACUGUUCCCUGAUUAUGAACAACAUCACACGGGAAGAUGCAGGAUCCUAUUAUUUCAGAGUAGAAUUUGACAAUGCGAACAGUUACAGCUACCGUCCUGUCACUCAGCUUCACGUUUCUGAUUUCAAAGAUAAACCCACGAUAUUCCCUGAGGAAAUUAUCGCUGGGAAGCGUAUGAACUUAAGUUGCACCUUCAACACAACGUGCAAUGGAACAGCUCCUGUCUUAGCCUGGGACACUCCCACUGCCGUACCUGGAUCAGUCUCAAACACUGUAACUCAGCAUGGUGUCACUCUGACCUAUACUUCUGUUCUGAGCCUGAUCCCAUCACCCAGACACCAGGGACAAACUCUCACCUGCAGAGUGAGUUAUCCAACUGUUUCAUCAGAGCAGCCCUUCGUACUGACAGUGCAAUACUCACCACGGAAUCUCACAAUUACUUUCCUUCGUGUGAUUGAAGAUUCAUUGAUCAAUUCACCUAAUAGGAAUUCUACAAUGAUAAUCUGCUCUGUGGAGAGUUUCCCAGCUUCUAACUUGACAUGGAGACAUCUUCAUGUGAUAAUGAACAGAACAAGUUCCAACAAUGAGCUGUGGUUGGAGAUUCCUCACAUUACGUACAGGGCGACUCGAGAUUAUCAGUGUGUGGCAGAGAAUGAACAUGGAGCAGUGGAGGGCUCCAUAACCAUCACAGUGGAUCGUCAAGCUUUCGGUGAAUGGAAAGCAGGAUUGUUUGGAGCUGGAAUCACUUUGAGUGUUGGACUGAGUGCAUUCUUCAUCUUCAGAUGUAUGCGAACAGCAAGAAACACAGGAAGAGACCAUUCAGCCCAAACCAAGCAUGUGGGCAGAGACGUCCAAGAGGAACAGCUGGACAAGUCCAGGCAGAAAGACAACAAGGGACAGGAAACAAAAUCUAAACUGAAUUCAUAUGUUGAAGAUCUGUAUGAAAACUGCACGUGUGACCAGGGUGUUGUGUAUGGAAAUGUAUAAACAGAAACAGAACAAGGGAUGCAUUCUCAAGAAGAGAGAAUGAGUGAAUGGAUUGAGACUCCAAUUCAAUCUAGUAAAGACCACAGGAUAUCUCCUCUCUUUUGGUAUUCCCCUUCCCAACGCCAAUGGAUAGAAACCUCUUUUUAUAGCUUUUUUAGUGCCAGUGCAAUCCCACGCCAGUAAGCUCUCAGUCACAGGAACUGUCUGGGCAAAUCAUCACCCUAUCAGUUAUUCACGAUGGGAAACUACAGAUGGUUGUCGACCAGAUCAUGCAUACAAAAUCCAAAAUACAAUGCCUACCAGCAGAUGUGAUUCUGCGAUUGGGGACAGCACUUGCUGAACAUCUCAGAGUGUGCCAGACACCAAUUAAAUAAAAACAAAUGAGCUCGUAAACUGCUUCAUUUGAUUGCCGUAAGUAACACAUCUUCGUACACCGGGAUACCCUCUCUGCAAAGAAAAAAGUUAACUUCUUGAGCUUCUUUUCUGAUAUAUCUUGAGCCUGAUUACCGGGGAACUGAAGACACCUAUAGUUUUGUAUUGCUCUGAUUGUGACAAUGCCUCAGACUUUAGAUUCACGCUGCUAACCAAUCCAUCCCCGUUCCUCUUGCAGUAUAAAUUGCUGUGAUUAUUAUAUUUCAGAUUUAUAUCAUGACUGUAACAGCGGGAGGCAGGGAAAUAGACUUUGGAUUAGUAGUGCUGGAAGA